AUGUCUCCUCCAAACCCCCUCCUCAGCGACAAUGUCCCCUCCCACAUCCUAUCCCUCCUCGAUCGUCUCCAUGAAGCCUCCCUCAACCAAGAGUCUAGCAUCACAAAAGCUGACUAUGCAGCAUCGGUCAUCCACGAAAACAUGAAGGAUAAAUUUAUAGCUCUCGAACAGGAUAAAUGUCACUUUGUGUACCAGCUCGCCAAAGCUAUUGGCGCCAAAAACAUCGUUGAAGCAGGAACUUCAUUCGGUGUCAGUACCAUCUAUCUUGCUUUGGCAGUAGCGGCCAAUAUCAAAGCUACAGGAGGGUCUGGGGUGGUUAUUGGGACUGAACAUGAACCGGAGAAGGCGGCGAAGGCGAGGGAGCAUUGGAAGGAGUGUGGAGAAAUUGUUAGCGGACUUAUCGAUUUGAGGGAAGGAGAUUUGAGGGAGACUUUGAAAGUGGCACUUCCAGAUACAAUUGAUCUCUUGCUAUUGGACAUCUGGACCCCAAUGGUGGUUCCAACCCUGAAAUUGGUGCAGCCAAAAUUUAGGCCUGGAUCUGUGAUCAUUGCAGACAAUACGGUCGGGAGUGCUCCAGACUAUCAGGAAUUUUUUGAUUACAUUCGAGCGCCAGACAGUGGUUUCACGAAUAUUACACUCCCAUACCACAAGGGACUAGAAAUGAGCGUUUAUUCCCCUAAAUAG